AUGGACGCCAGCCUUGCCAGCGCGGCGCCGCCGCCGUCAGCUGUUGGCGGCCACCGGGGCCUGUUGUCCAAGAUCCCCUUCAUGAGAUCCCAUGGUGUCAGCCAAGCGUCGCACCAGCACCAGCACCUACCCCAACCAGAGGGGCAGGUCAACGGUCCUGUUGGUGGUGUCGCUGCUGGUCACAUCCCAGGUCCGAGUCCAAUCCCGACCGCCCUGCAACAGCAGAAGACUCGCCGUAGGAGAGGCUCUCUUCGAAAGGUUGCGUUGCUGGGUCGCGGUGCCCAACGAGAGAGACGCGAUAUGUCGGACUCUGCUGUCGCUGCUGUUGCUCCUUCCAGCGAUGUGCCCCUGGCUGUGCCUUCAAAGGAUGUAGAUUCGACUAGCAGUCCUGCAACAGCCUCUUCAUCGUCGUUCCCGUCGUCUGUUCCUGCAGCGACACAGGCGAAUGCGAAUGGCGCAGACGGGUCACCUGGAUCCAACGUCCCCGGCAAAAUUCCACACCCGCCAGGUCAAAGCAACGCAAGACCAGUAGGUGUCAAGAACAGGUCGACAUCGCCAUCUGCGGCAGCGUGGUCCGCGCUGCCGCCCAUAGACAUCCCGCCAAACACAAGGGUCGUCGAGGAAUCCAGCACAGCAACUGCCUCAUAUUCCACGACCGAUGAUGAGGACACCCUGCGGUUGCCACGCCGGACGACCAACAAGUCGUCCUUGCUCCGUCCAGGCAUCCCAUCGACGUCCGGCUCCGAGUCAUACUUUUCCGGCGGGCUCCCUGCACCUCGGGCCAGCUUACAACGUCGCCGCUCAGGCAAUCGCGUCCGAUCACCCUUAGCCCUUGGGAGUCUGAAUUCAUCGCCCAUGAAUUCAGGUGGGCUGAUACAACAAGCUGCCGAAUGGGACUACGAUGAGACGGAGCGAUGGGGUUGGAUAAUACUCUUCAUUACCUGGUUCGUCUUCGUCAUGGGCAUGGGGUCCGUCACCGGCAUCUGGAGUUGGGUUUGGGACGUUGGCCCGGACACGGUCUACCCAGCAUGGCUUGAGGCGUGGGAUGACCCAACAUUGCCGAUUGAGGGUUACUACCCAUCACUCUUACUCCUCACAUGCGUUAUGGUUUGGGUUUGGGUAGUGGUCUCCUGGAUGGGUAUGAAGUAUUUCCGGCAUGCCAAGAUCAACGGCGAUCACUGA